GGCUCAUAUUCAUCUUACCAACCCACCAUCUCUUGAAGAAUCGCCACGUGAAUCUUUUCCCUUUACAGAUCCACAUUCAGACUCAUCCCAUUUUGGAUAUACAAUAUAUUACAAAUUUACAAUACCCAUUUAACAAUUUUUAUUUUUUUGCUUUAUACUCCCUUUUGAUUUCCUAUUAUUUAAAAGAUUUUGGGGUUUUGGUGGUCAUGGAGUUUGCAUCAAUGGCAGCCAUUACAAACAUAUGCAAUGUGUUCUUUUUUCUUUGGCUAUUCAUCUGGGGUCUUGCAGACAUUUUAAAGAAUAAAAGAAGGGGUGACACUGAAACUGAAACUGAAAAAGCAAGAUUCUUUACAACUUUUGAGAUGAUUACUGUUAUCUCCAGUUUUGUAAUCACAGUUUGCCACAUGGGUUUUGUUGCAUACAAGAUGUUGAAGCAUGAUGAGGUUGUAUGUUAUGAGGAUAUAAUCAUGACAUCAGCAUGGUGUUUAGCAACUGUUGUUACUGUGUAUUCAUGGGCUAAUAAUAAGACAUAUGGUCAGGUUGCUAAAUGGCCUAUUGUUCUUGUUCUGUUUUGGUGUUUUUCAGUGGUUGUUGAUUUAGUUGUGGUGGGUUUGAUCAUGUUAAACUAUUUCGAAUCGGAAAACACGAAUGUUUUUGGGUCUGUAUCGAAUGUUAUCGACAUGGGUACUUUACCAUUCUUGAUUGUUUUGGGUUAUAAUGGUGUUGGUUAUUGUGUUACCAAAAGGCAUAAAGAAGAGUUGGAUGAACCAUUGCUCCAAGAAAGUGUUGCAGAGAAUACUGAUGCUUUUACAAAUGCUGGAAUAUGGAAAAGGGUUACUUUUAAUUGGCUCAACCCGCUUUUCGAAACGGGUCGGGCUCAAAAACUUGAGUUUGUUCAUGUUCCUUCGAUUCCUGAAUCGGAAACUGCUGACGAAGCUGCACUUUUGUUGGAAGAGUCGAUUCAGAAACAAAAGACGAGAAGCUCGGUAUUGCCUAAAGCCAUACUUAAUGCUGUAAGAACAUCUUUAGCGAUCAAUGCGGUUUUCGCAGGAGUCAACACACUAGCAUCAUACAUGGGACCGAUUCUGAUCACAAGUUUUGUGAAUUACUUAUCGGAAGACAGUAGCGAUUCGAACUAUAAAAAGGGUUUGAUUCUCUCAUUCAUUUUCUUCUUGGCGAAAACCGUUGAAUCAUUGUCUCAACGACAAUGGUAUUUCGGUGCUCAGCGUAUUGGCAUACGUAUACGUGCAGCCCUCAUGGUACUAAUAUACAAGAAAUCUUUAUCAAUCAAAUAUGGUACCACAAGCAAUGGCAAAAUCAUAAAUUUGAUCAACGUAGAUGUCGAGAAAAUAAGCGAGUUUUUCUGGCAUAUUCACGGAAUCUGGUUACUCCCGGUUCAAGUUCUUCUUGCUUUGAUCAUAUUAUACACAAAUCUCGGUUUCUUCCCGUCAAUGGCUGCACUUGUUUCCACGGUUUUAGUCAUUAUCAGCAACACGCCGUUAGCAAACAUGCAGAAAGACUACCAAACAAAAGUUAUGGAAUCUAAAGACUCGAGGAUCAAAGCUACUUCGGAGAUCUUGAAAAGCAUGCGGGUUUUGAAACUGCAUUCGUGGGAAUCGAAUUUUAAGCAAAAGCUGAUUGAUUUACGCGAAAAAGAGCAAAACUGGCUCAAGAAGUAUUUGUAUAUGUGCUCGGCGAUUGCUUUCCUGUUUUGGACGUCACCUACGUUAGUGUCGGUUUCGACUUUUAGCGUUUGUAUCUUCUUGAGGACCCCGUUAACCCCGGGUGUCGUUCUUUCGACGUUGGCUACUUUUAGAAUCUUGCAGGAUCCGAUUUAUAAUCUACCCGAGCUCGUUUCGAUGGUGUCCCAAACAAAAGUUUCACUUGAUCGGAUCAAAGAUUUUAUAACGGAUCAAGAUUCCAAACAGUUGGUAGAAUCUCAACCAUUUAACGGGUCGGAUAUAGCUAUUGAAGUAGAGCCUGGAGAGUAUUUGUGGGAUACAAAUGAUUCAGAUCAAAGACAGCCCACUAUCAAGAUAUCCGAAAAAAUGAAAAUCCGAAAAGGGUAUAAAGUGGCGAUCUGUGGGUCCGUUGGAGCGGGGAAAUCGAGCUUAUUGUGUAGCAUUUUAGGUGAAAUCCCUAGGGUCUCAGGCGGGCGGAUUAAAGUGUUCGGGUCGAAAGCGUUUGUACCACAAAGUGCUUGGAUUCAAACGGGAACGAUUAGGGAUAAUAUUUUAUUCGGUAAAGAAAUGAAUAAAAGGUUUUACGAUGAAGUUGUUGACGGGUGUAGUUUGGAGCGGGAUUUUGAGACGUUGGCUGACGGUGAUGUAAGCGUGGUGGGCGAACGAGGGUUGAAUUUGAGUGGGGGACAAAAACAACGGAUUCAGUUAGCGAGAGCAUUGUAUAGUGAUUCGGAUGUUUAUGUUCUUGAUGACCCGUUUAGUGCGGUUGAUGCUCAUACAGGAGCUCAUAUGUUUAAGAAAUGUUUGUUAAAUCUGCUAGACAAGAAGACUGUUGUAUACGUAACACAUCAACUGGAGUUCUUAAGUGCAUCAGACUUGAUUCUGGUAAUCAAGGAUGGCGGCAUCGUCCAAUCUGGCAAAUACAACGACCUGAUCGCAGAUCCUACAAAUGAAUUCGCACGGCAAAUAGCCGCUCAUUCCAAAUCUCUAAACCAGGUAAACCCAACACCUGACUCCAAAACCUUAACCCAAUUCCCCCAAUCUACCGACAGUUCACACCUGGUGACGUCACUCGAGCCAUCUAGAACCAAAGGUGGAUCAUCCGCAACAGUAAUGCCUCAAGAAGAAUCCCAAUCGGGUCGGGUUAAAUUCAAUGUUUACUCAUCAUUUAUCACAUCAGCAUAUAAAGGGGCUCUGGUUCCGGUGAUUUUGAUCUGUCACUCCCUCUUUUUAGCAUUGCAAAUGGGUAGUAAUUACUGGAUGGCGUGGGCCACGGAGGAUGCGGGUCGGGCUAGCAGCAAAGUGCUAGUUGGAGUUUUUGUGAUUUUGUCAGGUGGAAGCUCGGUUUUCAUUUUGGGCCGGGCUAUUUUGUUGUCUACUAUUGCUAUUGAGACGGGUCAAAAUCUCUUCUUGCAAAUGUUAAAUUCGGUUUUUCAUGCACCGGUUUCCUUCUUUGACACUACUCCUUCGAGCCGGAUUCUCAACCGGUGUUCAACGGAUCAAAGCACGGUGGAUGUCGAUGUCCCUUACAGAUUAGCAGGACUAGUUUUUGCGAUAUUACAACUUCUAAGCAUAAUUUUGCUAAUGUCACACGUUGCGUGGCCAAUCUUCAUACUCUGUAUGAUCAUCAUUGCUAUAUCCAUAUGGUAUCAGGCUUACUACAUUACUACAGCAAGGGAACUAGCAAGGAUGAUCGGGAUUCAAAAGUCACCGAUUCAGCAUCAUUUUUCGGAAUCGAUUUCGGGGGCAUCAACAAUCCGUUGUUUUAAUCAAGAAAUCCGGUUCUUGAGUAAAUGCUUUAGGGUUAUUGAUGACUAUUCUCGGGUUACUUUUCACAACACUGCAACAAUGGAGUGGCUUUGUGUUCGGAUUAACUUUCUAUUUAAUCUUGUGUUUUUCAUCCUCCUAGUCGUCUUGGUUCACUUGCCUCGGGCCUCCAUCGACCCUAGUUUAGCCGGGCUAGCAGUUACAUACGGAUUAAGCCUAAACGUAUUACAAGCAUGGGUCAUAUGGAACCUCUGCAACGUAGAAAACAAGAUGAUCUCAGUCGAAAGAAUUCUCCAGUUCGCAAGCAUUCCAAGCGAAGCCCCUGCAGUUAUUGAAAAUCACAAACCCGACCCUAACUGGCCAACCAUAGGCCAAAUCGAGCUCAAAGAUCUACACGUUCGAUACCAUCCUGCUCUACCAACAGUUCUGAGAGGUAUCACUUGUACUUUUCCGGGCCAAAAGAAAAUCGGGGUUGUGGGAAGAACCGGGAGUGGGAAGUCAACCCUGAUCCAGGCUCUAUUCCGAGUGGUUGAGCCCACAAAGGGUCAAAUCCUGAUCGACGGGCUUGAUAUAUCCAAAAUCGGGUUACAUGAUCUGCGGUCUAAGUUGGGGAUCAUCCCACAAGAUCCAACUUUGUUUCAAGGAACCAUGAGAUUUAAUCUUGACCCUUUAGAACAACAUUCGGAUCAUGAAAUAUGGGAAGUACUCAACAAAUGUCGGCUUGCGGAUAUAGUACGUCAAGAUAAACGUCUUCUUGAUACACCAGUUGCGGAAGACGGCGAAAACUGGAGUGUUGGACAACGACAGCUGGUGUGCUUAGCGCGUGCGUUGCUACAGAAACGCAAAAUCCUAGUUCUAGAUGAGGCAACUGCUUCGAUUGAUACAGAAACGGAUAACGUGAUGCAGAAAACGAUACGGGAAGAAACAAGCAGAUGCACGGUUAUAACCAUAGCUCAUCGGAUUCCCACGAUUGUUGAUAGUGAUCUAGUUCUCGUUCUUGAUCAAGGGAAAGUUGCCGAGUAUGAUUCUCCGACGCGGUUGCAAAGCGAUGGUUCGUCGGCGUUUUCAAAGUUGGUGAAUGAAUUCUUGAGGAGAUCGUUAUAAGGCUGGAGGGUGUGGGCUAACUUAUAUAGUUGGUUAGGUUUUAGAUAUGAGUGUACAGUGCAUGGCUUAAAAAGCAAAGAUUUUAGGAGUUAAGUUUUUUAACUACAGAGCUUGCUUGACUUUAUUAAAUCAAACAGUUUCACGUAGAAAACAUAUUGUUAACAUUUAAACCAAAUAAAGUUUCAGGUA